AUGGAAUUCUGGCGCAAAUUAAAGUUACGAUGGGAUUCAAAUGUAACAACUGUCUUGGGUGAUUACACAGCACGUAGUUCACAAGAAUUAACUGUAACUAAAGGUCAGCACGUUCGUAUCGUUCAAAAACAACCUCCUAAUGCGCCUGAUUGGUGUCUUAUUCGUGUAUUAAACGAUUAUCAUCAAAAUCAUCAUCAUCAAAAUCAAUCAAGUCCAUCUUCACUUGCUGCAUCAUCAACGACUAUUACAAAUAUAGCAGCUGAUUUAUCCUUAUCCUUACCUUCAAAAUAUACUGAAGGACUUGUACCAGCAGCUAUUCUUAAAUUAACUCGAACAUCUUCCUCAACUAUUCAAUUACCACCACCUCUAUCUCCUGCAAUAACAACUAGUAGUACAAGUGAACAAGAUGAUAAUUCCAAUAAAAUAGACGAAUUACCAAAUCGAAUACCUCCAUCAGCUUUUCAACUUACAAAACGAAAAUCAAGUUUUCGACGAAUUCUUAAAAAUCCUGCUCGACGUCUUAGUUUAAAAGAUAAUAGUAGUAUAAAUAAAGAUCUAAAACCACAAAUUUCACAUGAUCUAGUAACAAAUUCAACAUCUAUUCUAUCAUCAGAUAGUAAUGAGACUAUAUCUAUUGUUAAUAGAAGACCACCAUUACCAUUUAAUACAAGUAACUCAAGAAAACUCAAAGCAUUUACAUUUACAAAUACUGAAGAUUUGACAUCAUUUCCUGAUGAUACGAAUUCUAUGAGUAAAUCAAUUGAUAAUGAUGGUAUAAAUGGUAUUUACAAAAUGACUGAAUCAUCUUCGUCUCCAUCCAGUGUUGCUACAAUUAUUUCUCCAAUAAGUAAUUUAGAAAAUGAUAUAAUUGAAAUACCACCAUCUUUCGAUAUUCAAUCCCAACUUAAAUUAUCUAUUAAUAGAGAUAUUGAUUCUCCAGCAGCUGUAAGUAAUCAAACGGAGAUCAAUACAGUUGUAAGAAAAUUGGUCAGUACACUUGCACUGGACUCAUCACCCAGGGCCAACAGUGGUGACCUUUCAUCACGUUUACGUAAAGUACGUACAGCUCCAUUAACAACGAUCAGUCCGAUUGAAGAUAAUUCAGUUAUUGCUCGACUUGUUCAGCAUGUUGCACCAAUUAAUAUUGUUUCUGGAUUUUCCGCAAGUGAUUUUCAUAUCCCAGCUGCCUUAUCAAUAAAUACACCAUCCACUGAUGAUACUUCAACGACGAGUAUGCCUUCAUCAUCAACAAUAACUGUGAUUUCCAAUGAUAGUCAAAGUGAACAAAUAGAUGAAAUAUCUUUAAAUGAUACUGAUCAAGCAACAUUAUCAUCAAUAACAAUUAAUGAUGAAGCUGUUGAUGAUCGAACUAAAUAUGGUGGAAAAAGAAGGCAUAAUAUUAUUGAAUUAAUAGAAACAGAAAAAGAAUAUGUCAAAGAUUUAGCAUUAAUUGUUGAGGGAUAUAUGAAUAUUCUUGAAAAUGAUAAGGAAAUCAAAAAACCAACUGGUCUUUCGGGCCGUGAACGUGUUGUUUUUGGUAAUGUACAAAGAAUAUAUGAAUUUCAUCGAGAUACAUUUCUACCACAACUUGAAGGAUGUAUUGAAAAUCCAAAUAUACUUGGUCGAUUAUUUACCACAAAUCGAUUUAAUCCUUAUGUAAGAUACUGUGAAAAUAAACCACGUUCGGAAUAUAUUGUUUCGGAAUAUCAUGAUUAUUUUGAAGAAGUUCGUAAAAAACUUGGUCAAAAAUUGCUUGUAUCUGAUUUAUUAAUAAAACCUGUACAACGAAUAAUGCGUUAUCAAUUAUUAUUAAAAGAAAUUCUUAAAUCAACUGAACGUAUGGGUGAUGAAUCACGUGCUAUACGUAGUGCUUUACAAGUUAUGAUUGAAGUUCCACAACAAGCUAAUGAUAUGAUGAAUGUUGGUCGAAUAAAAGAUUUACCAACAAAUGUACAUCAAUUAGGUGAACUUAAAUUACAAGAUAUGUUAUCUGUUAGUGAACCAAUGUCAUCAAAAGAUACAAAAGAUGCCGAAAAAAAAUUGAAAGAACGACGAGUAUUUUUAUUUCAACAAUCAAUGAUUUUUUGUGAUGAAAUACCAGCGAAAGAUAAAUAUUCAAGUCCAAAUUAUAUUUAUAAAUGUGAACUUAAAAUUAAUAAAUUACAACAUAAAGAAUUUAAACGUAAUAAAGAAUUAUGUCAAUUUACAUUAGUUGAAGUUGAUGCUGGAAAUACUCGUCGAGUUAUAUGUCAAUGUAAAGAUGAUGAACAAUAUGAAUUAUGGGUCACUAAUGUAAAUAAAGUGCUUCAACGUCAGAUGGAUCUUAUUAUAGCUCUAACUAAUCCAACAGCUGCUCUACAAAAAGAGCAAGAUUCAUCCAUGUUAUUAUUUACACAUUCAUCUCGAAAUCAAAUUAGAAAAUCUAUAUCUGAUCGUUCAAGUACAAUAUCAGAAAUCUCAUCAACAUCAUCAUCAUCAUCAUCAUCAUCGAAACAUCCAACAUUAAUUAAUUCUUCCGAUUUAACAAUUGAUAAUACAAAUAAAAAAUCAACAUUAUCAUUUCAUUUAUUUGAUUCGAUAUUAUCACGUUCAAUAACAAAACCUUUAGCAAUAAAUACAUCAAAAAAACGAUCACCUACACGACCACCAUCAUCAUGUCCUCAAACAUCAUUUGAAAUACCUGAACAAGCACGUUGUUUAUAUAAUUAUAAUGCAAUAAAAGAAGAUGAAAUAUGUGUACAUAGAGGCGAAUAUGUUCAAAUAUUAAAUGCUAGUCAAGAUAAUCGUUGGUUUGUACGUCGUCAUGUUAAUCGAACAUCAGCAACUGUUAAAGGUUGGAUACCAGGCUUUGUUAUUGGACUUAAAUAUCCAAAUUCAUCUACUACUACUACAAAUAAUAAUCAUCUAUCCGCAUCACCAUUACCUACUUCAUCGUUAUCUGUUAAUAGUCUUAAUCGUUUCUAA